CCACUUGUUCUUGACCGUUUCAUUCUACAACUUUAAUCCCACCUGAUUCGUUGCUCUCUCUCUCUGCUUCGAUCUGCUCCCAUGAAGAAGCUCUGAGCGAGCAGGCAGCCUCGCCCCCCCCUCUCUGGAGCCAUAUAGAGAGAGAUCUCGGUUUCCUCCUUUUACAAUGGGUUGCUUCCUUGGCUGCUUCAAGGGUUCCAAGGAUCGGAAGCGUCGCCGAUCGCCUAAGAGAUCGCCGUCGCGCGACCACCGGGUAAGCGAAAGAUACCGGCAGCCGAUCCCCUCGGUGAAGCAGAUCUCCCCGAAUCUCAGCGCGCCGAAGCUUCCUCCGGUGGAAGAGGUUGCCGUUGCGAUCGAUCUUCCGGAGCCGAAGCAGAAUGUGGAGCAGGGGAACGCCAGCAGCGCCAAGAAGAAGGUGACCUUCGAUUUAAACAUUAGGACGUACGAACAAGCUCCUUCCGAUGAUAAUACGGAUAGUGCCUCCGAGGAUGACCGAGAAGUCGAACAAAUCGACGAGGAGGAGAGGCCAGCCAAAGGGCAAAAAGACGAAUCUUAUCCAAAGUCAGGAGCUUUCCCUUCGAAUCAUAGGUACGAAAACUGUGAGAGCAGCGACGACGACCACGGCAGUGAAUUUGGAGAAGACGAAGACGAAUUUGACAGUGAAGACUUCGACGAGGAAGAAGAAGAAUACGGGAUCCAAGGGAAUGAGGAAGAGUCCUAUGAUUCCUUCUUUUCUCUACCCAUUGAUAAGGAGCCGCAAGGUCUACAAGAGGAGGUCAGUAGCACCAAACCCUGCUCUGCAUCCUCGCCUCUACUGGAAAAACAGCCGAUUCCAGCCGCCGGUGGCAGCACGCGCGACCGGAGCCAGUUCGUGCAUCCGGUUCUCAUCCCCGUCGAGAACCUGUCGCAAUGGAAGGAAAUCAAGGCGCGUGCCGUCCCGGCGACGAAUCCCAACAAACAAAACCUCUGCGAGGAGCAGGAGAACAAGCCGACGCUGAUCGCCGAGCCGGAGAUCAAAGUGAAGAAACCCCGAGUUCCAACUUUUCCAACCAAACAGGAGGUCUCAGUGGACGCCAGCCUCUCGAACUGGUUACCGUCCUCGGACAAUUCGACCGUGGAGACGCCUCAGCCGAGCAAUUCUCAUCUGUCCAACUCGUCGUUUAGCCGAGAGGACCGCCCGAUUUUGGGCGCCUUAACCAUUGAAGACAUCAAGCUAUCGUCGAUGACAUCCUCGCCGCGGAGAUCUCCUAGCAGGAGUCCUCCGGCGGAGGAAAUUCCAAUUGUAGGCACUGUCGGCAGGUACUGGCACUGUGAGAACCAAGGAGGGGAUUCAGCUUCUUCCCGUCCUUCCACCAGACUCGCCAAAGGGAUUCCAAACACUACCAAUAAAUAUAGAGAGGAUAAGGCUGUGAACUGGCACACGACUCCAUUUGAAGUGCGUCUGGAGAGAGCUCUCCAGAACGGUGCUGCUUGAGCUCGCAAAACUCGAGAUUCAUGGUUGUUGUAUCUGUAAUUUUCUUGUGUGUUUUUCUUCCAGGAUCAUUGCUCUUCUUCAGAUAGUUGGAUUGCUUAAGGAGUGAAAACUGUGUUUUUUAGUUGGUUGAAUGUUGAUAUUGAUUUGUAAACUGUAAUCAACUAUUCUUUUCCAUUUGAUUGUAGCAACUUGUA